AUGUAAAGAAGUAUUAAAUUAACAUAAAAAGCAUUUUAAUUAGCAUCCAAAAAACCUUCUUAAUUAAGAUCUUUCAAUUGUUUAUAAAAAUUCCCUUUUUAUAGAUUUUCUUCCGAAGUUAACAUUGAAGAACCAAUAAAAUAAAACAUUGAACAAAUGUAAUUCAAAACUGAAACAAAAAAGCUUCUUGAUAUAGUUGCAAAAUCUUUAUAUACAGAUAAAGAUGUAUUUUUAAGAGAACUAUUAUCAAAUGCAUCAGAUGCUAUUGAAAAAUAAAGAUUCAGAAGCACUUAAAAAACAAGUGGUGAUGAAUAAACAGAUUCUUAUUAAAUAACUAUAACUACAGAUUCUAACAAAAGAUAAUUAAUAAUAUAAGAUACAGGUGUUGGAUUUACUAGAUAAUAAUUAAUAGAUGAUUUAGGAACAAUUGCAAGAUCAGGAUCAUAAUAAUUUGUUAAAGAAAUAGGAAAAAAUAAUAAUACAGCUGAAAAUAUUAUAGGUUAAUUUGGUGUAGGAUUUUAUUCAUCAUUUAUAGUUGGAGACAAUGUUUAAGUAAUUUCUAAAAGUGAUUAGGAUUCAUAAGCGCAUAUGUGGCAAAGUGAUGGAAGUGGAGAAUUCGAAAUAAGUGCAAUUGAUAAUUUUGAUUUAAAAAGAGGGACUAAAAUCAUAAUUCAUUUAAAACCUGAUUGCGCUUAGUUUGCUAAUCCUGAAGAAAUAAAGAAAAUCGCUUAAAGAUAUUCCAAUUUUAUUAAUUACCCUAUAUAAAUAAAUGGAGAAAGAUUCAAUUUAGUUGAAGCUAUAUGGGCUAAAAGUAAAAUUAAUGUAACAGAUUUGGAAUAUAGUAAAUUCUGGGAAUUCAUAAGUAAUACUAAGAGUAAUUAUUUUUCUAAAUUACACUAUGAAAUUGAUGUUCCUCUUUCUAUUAAAUGCUUAUUAUACAUUCCAUCUACUCAUGUUGAAAAAAUGGGUAUUUCACAUGAAGAAAUGAAUGUUUCUUUAUAUUGUAAGAAAGUUUUGAUUAAAUAAAACUGCAAAGAACUCAUGCCGUCAUUUUUGAGAUUUGUAAAAGGUGUAGUUGAUUGUGAAGAUAUCCCUUUAAAUAUUUCAAGAGAAAACUAUCAGGAUUCUGGAUUAAUAGCAAAAUUAAGAUAAGUAGUAACUAAAAGAGUUCUUAAACAUUUAGACGAAGAGGCUAAUAAAAACCCAGAAGCAUAUAAUAAAUGGUAUAAUGAUUUCUAAAAUUUCAUUAAGGAAGGAUUAGCUAUGGAUAUGGAAUAUUAAGAGUAACUUUUUAAAUUAUGUAGAUUUAAUGUUGAUUAUACUAAUGAUUAUAUCACUUUAGAUGAUUAUGUGUCGAAAAUGAAGCCUGGUUAGGAUAAAAUCUAUUACGCUUUAUUGGCUAAUAGAGAAGCUGCUGAUUAAUCGCCUUUUAUCGAACCUUUUAAAGGAACAGGAGUCCCUAUUAUUUAUACUUUUAUUCAUAUUGAUGAAAUGAUCUUUUAAACAACAGGAAAUUAUAAAAAUCAUAAAUUUGUAAAUGUAGAAGGAGAUUUUGAAGAAAUUUCUAAGGAUAUUUAAAAAUUUAAAUAAGAAAUAGAAUAAAAAGAUGAAAGUUAAUAAUAAUAAUAAAUAAUACCUGAGGAAGAAGUGACAGCUUUUUGUUUGUGGAUUAAGAAUGAACUCUCGCCUAUGGUAUCAAAAGUUUAAGUUUCAUAAAGAUUAAGUAGUUCUCCUGCUGUUAUUUAAUCUUAAAUGACUUCUGGUAUGAGAUAAGUUAUGCUUAUGAUGGAUAGAACAUAAAAUUUAGAAAUGGCUAAAAAUCUUACAUUUGAAAUUAAUCCUAAACAUCCUCUUAUUGUUAAGAUUAAUGAAGUUAGAAAAUUCGAAAUGGAUGUAGCCAGUACUAUUCUUAGAUAACUUUGUGAUAAUUGCUUGAUUUCUUCCGGUAUUCCUACUGAUAAUAAGAAAUAUAAUGAUAGAAUUAAUGUUUUAAUGAGUAAAGUUUUAGAAAAUGCUUUAAAUUAAAAUAAUAAUUAAUAAAAUUGA